AUGGGCGCUGGCCUGCCCCCGGGCCCACCCCCCCUCCCAGGGCUGGGCAACCUCCUGCAGCUGCGGGGGGCACCCCUCCUCCAGGCUCUGCUCAGGAACCUGCAGACACACUCUGGACAGGCCCUGGGCAGCUCCGGGCUCAAGGUCACUUUCCUGUCGCUGCAGCUGAAGGACCACUAUGGGCCGGUGUUCACGGUGCGCCUGGGCCCGACCCCGGUGGUGGUGCUGUGCGGAGCCCAGGCGGUGCGUGAGACUCUAGUGGACCAAGCCGACGCCUUCGGAGGGCGCRAAGACUUGGCCAUCUUCGAGAAGACCCACCGGGGCUAUGGUGAGGCUGGAGGGGAGCGCAUCGCUUUCAGUCAGGGCGAGCGGUGGAGGACCCUGCGGAGGUUCGCCCUGACCACUCUUCGCGACCUGGGCCUGGGGAGGCGGAGCCUGGAAGAGCGGAUCCUGGGGGAGGUGGGCUGCCUGGAGCGGGAGCUGGAGCGCACGUGCGGGGAGAGCCUGGGCCGGGAGGGCCCUGUUUACUUGGUCACUGGCCAGAAGAUACCAGCCCUCCAGGAACGCCCUUUGACCCCCACCUUCACCAUUCGCCGCUCCACKGCCAACAUCAUCUGCUCUGUGGUCUUUGACCGCCGUUUCCACUACCAGGACGAGAACUUCAAGACCUUCCUGGGGCUGCUGGCCGAAAACCUCAAGCAGAUGGACACGCACCUUCCUGGACCACACAACCGGCUCUUUGAGGUCUUUGAGAAGCAGAAGGAGUUUGUGGCCCGGKUGGUGAAGGAGCACCAGGCCUCUCUCGACACAGCUCAGCCUCGGGACUUCAUUGAUGCUUUCCUCAUCCGCAUGCAGCAGGGAGACCCUCACUCAGAAUUCAACCAAGAGAAUCUGCUCAAUUCUGCUCUGGACAUCUUCUUUGCUGGGUUGGAGACAACCAGUACCACGCUCAGAUAUGGGCUCCUGAUCCUCCUGAAGUUCCCACAGGUUACAGAACUCAUACAGCAAGAGAUUGACCGAGUAGUGGGCCCAGAGAGACGGCCCUGCCUCGGGGACAGGCCCCGGAUGCCCUACACAGAGGCGGCCCUCCAUGAGAUCCAGAGGUUUGCGGACCUCAUGCCUCUGGGAGUGCCCCGUGCCGUCACCCGAGACACCGAGUUCCGUGGUUACCACAUCCCCAAGGGCACCACGGUGUUCCCACUGCUCCACUCCGUCCUCCAUGACCCUGACCAGUUCCAAGACCCGGCCUGCUUCCAGCCUCAGAGGUUCCUAGAUGCCGGCGAAGCUUUUAGGAGAAGCCCUGCCUUUCUGCCUUUCUCUGCAGGGCGCCGCGCAUGCCCGGGAGAGGCUCUGGCCCCCCAGCUCUUCCUCUACCUGACGUGGCUGCUGCAGCGCUUCUCCCCCACCUCGCCUCGGCCCCCUGCGGCCCUGCACCUGCAGCCCCGGGACAGUGGCUUCGGGAAGCAGCCACCCCCUUUCCAGCUCAUCCUGCAGCCACGACAGCACUACAGACCCAAGGACACCUCCCGCCCUGACAACCCCCCUCCCCUGGCCUGA